AUGGUGAAUGACACACUCAAGACCUAUUUGAGCGACCACAACAUCAGUCUGUUGCUAUGGUACACAUCACUCGUGUGUCUGAUAGCGGCCUGGAAUGUAUGUCGCUUCUCGCGUGUGUUUGCACGCGUGACCGUCGUCGUGCUCCUGUUCAAGGUGCUGCUGAGCACCAUCUCAAUGCUGCCGCCACACCUCUACGCCGUGGCCUACCUGCUCAACCCGUCCUACAUCAAGACGUACGCGCCACCCAUCAACCCCCUGCACUACCACACGUCCACCACGAUGAUGGCCGUGCAGCUGGUCGCUCUGGUGUUCUUCACAGGACUGGCCUGCGCGCCCGCCCGCCUGGCCGACCGCUUCUGGAUGUUCAAGACGAUUCUGGUCGACUGGGUCAUCGUGAUCAUCAUGCUGAUCGUCACGUCCAUCCUGGACCUCACCACCAAGACCUCGUACUUCUUUGUCUUCCUGGCCUACACAAUGGGUGCCAACGUCGGCUUCGUCCUAAUGAAGAUGGUCGAGCUGCAAUGGCGUCGUCAGAGCCAGUACUUGGACGCCGCGGACAGUGUCAUCUUUGACACAGAUGCCCCCGAGUCGGACGAGCCAUCGUCCAGCAGCAGCAGCACUGCACCAUCCCAGCGCGAUAACGUCGACUACUCCAAGCUCACAGAGCAGGAGCUCAACACUAUACUGUCGUCACCUUCGCCACACCACCAGGAAGCGCCAGCCGACCCCCUCAGAGUGUUCAUCAACAACCUGAAAGCACCAUUGUAUGUGCGUGGACACUUGUACUCUCGCGAGCUCGUCGUGGCCAUCUCACUGCUGGGCAUCGCACUGUCCAACUACUUUAUCGAGUACCAAACGCAGAUUGCCUCAUGGAUCAUGUCGUUCAGCUUUGGAGUUGUGCUCACAUUGCUUAGCUACUAUGUAUCGAUCACCGACUCGUCCAAGCCAGUCGUCGUAGCCAACAAGAAAGACAUGUAA